AUGCCUCCGAAAAGAAAGGCUGCGCCCAGCGCCGCCAAGGGCGAGGCGAAAGCUGGUAGAACGUCACGCAUGUCGACGCCCGGCGCCGCGACACCUCGUAGCCUCGACGACACGGGCGACGAUGCUGAGGACGAGCCCGUCGUAGGCGAUGAGGAGCUGCAGCGUGAGCUGGAUAAAAACAUAGAUAUCUUCUCGGUGGACAAAUACAAGAAGAAACACACGGUCCGCGAGCCGCUGCCGCACAUAUUUGGUAAUAAUGAUUAUUCGUACCUCGACCUCAAAAAGGACCACCAGAACCGCCCCCUCUGGAUCGAUCCCCAGAAAGGGAGGAUCAUUCUCGAGAGCUUCAACCCACUCGCCGAGCAAGCGCAAGACUUCCUGGUCACGAUCGCGGAACCUCUGUCUCGACCGACGUUUAUGCACGAAUAUGCCUUGACCACGCACAGCCUCUACGCCGCCGUGUCGGUGGGCUUGUCCCCGUCCGAUAUCAUCAGCACCCUCGAUCGAUUCCUCAAGACCCCGCUGCCCGAGGAGAUUCGAAACUUCAUCACGAACUGCACGCAGAGUUACGGCAAGGUGAAGCUCGUGCUCAAGAACACAAAGUACUUUGUGGAGAGUCCCGAUCCAGACGUGCUGCAACUCCUCCUCAAGGACCCGAUCAUCGGGCCGCUUCGUGUCCAGCACGGAGACCAGGAGCUCACCACAGAAGCAGCCCCCAAGCUUGGAGCGUUGGUCAUCCCGGGCACAGGUGCGGCAAAGGGCGUGACGCAGACCAGCGAGCAGCAGCUUGGCGACCACGGCGAGGCUCCCAAGGAGAAGGAUGUGUUCGCGACACUCAACGAGGAUGAUGACGACGAGCAAGACGUUACGCACGCUUUUGAGAUUGCCGACAAGGACGUCGAGACUGUGCAGAAGCAGUGUCUGCUCCUCAACUAUCCCGUCCUCGAGGAGUACGAUUUCCGUCGGGACGAGGUCAAUGCCAAUCUGGAAAUCGACCUUCGGCCCGGAACCCAAAUCCGUCCGUAUCAGGAGAAGAGUUUGAGCAAAAUGUUUGGCAACGGCCGCGCGAAGAGCGGACUCAUCGUCUUGCCCUGCGGCGCAGGAAAGACUCUGGUCGGCAUCACGGCGGCCUGUACCAUCAAGAAGGGCGUCAUUGUGCUCUGCACAAGUUCCAUGUCCGUGGUGCAGUGGCGACUCGAGUUCCUGAAGUGGUCCAACAUCAACCCAGAAGACAUUGUUGCCUUCACUUCGGACAACAAGGGCAGCAUGUUCACGGGUAGCACGGGCAUUGUCGUCACCACAUACUCCAUGUUGACCCAGGCUGGCCAGCGCUCGUAUGACGCCGACAAGAUGAUGAAGUUCUUGACGAACCGCGAAUGGGGUCUGAUGCUGCUCGACGAGGUGCACGUCGUGCCGGCCAACAUUUUCCGAAGAGUCACGUCUUCGAUCAAGUCCCACUCAAAGCUGGGACUGACGGCCACGUUGCUGCGUGAAGACGACAAGAUUUCGGACCUGAACUUCCUCAUCGGACCCAAGCUGUUUGAGGCGAACUGGAUGGAGCUCUCUAAGCAAGGCCACAUUGCCAGGGUUCAGUGCGCCGAAGUCUGGUGCCCCAUGCCGACAGAAUUCUACGACGAAUACCUCAAGGCGCCCGCGCGUAAGAAGCAGCUGCUGUACAUUAUGAACCCGCGCAAAUUCCAGGCGUGCCAGUACCUCAUCAACUACCACGAGGCUCGCGGCGACAAGAUCAUUGUCUUUGCCGACAAUGUGUAUGCUCUGAAGAAGUACGCCUUCAAGCUGGGCCGGGCGUUCAUCUACGGGGGCACGCCCCAGGCCGAACGCCUCAAGGUGUUGGACAACUUCCAGAAGAACCCGGAGCUGAACACCUUGUUCCUGUCCAAGAUCGGUGACACGUCGCUUGAUCUACCGGAAGCCACGUGCCUCAUUCAAAUUUCUUCGCAUUACGGUUCGCGCCGUCAAGAAGCGCAACGACUGGGACGCAUUCUGAGGGCAAAGAGGAGGAACGACGAAGGUUUCAAUGCCUUUUUCUACUCUCUUGUCUCCAAGGACACGCAAGAGGUGUACUUUUCGUCCAAGCGCCAGGCCUUCCUCGUCGACCAAGGAUACGCCUUCAAGGUCAUUACGCAGCUGGCCAACAUGGAGAACACGCCAGACCUUGCGUUCAGCACGCCAGCGGAGCGCCGGGAACUUUUACAGACGGUGCUCGUCGACAACGAAACGGCCGAGGAUGACGAGAUUGACGAUGAUCUCUUCCACAAGGGCAAAAAGGGGAAGAAGAAGGGAACACGUCGCACGGCCGGCACCCUGGGUGAGCUCAGCGGUGGGCAAGACAUGGCCUACAUUGAGCGCAACAAGAAGGUGAACCAGGCUCUGAAGAAGGGCAAGGGGAAGCAGGAGAGCCAUUCCUUCUUCAAGAAAAUCGGACGCGAAAACGCGAGGCGGGCCGCACAAUAG